UAUAAAGGAGCGAGAGACAUCUCGAGAGAGCGGCUUUAGGGCGUAAAAGAACAGAAAAGAAAAAUAAGCCGUAGAAGAGGGCUGUCUCUUGGUGGAGAGUACCCCCCUUUUUCUAUCUUUACUACUCCUUACUCCAUAAGCCACAAAAGAUGGAUCGUUACCAGAGAGUGGAGAAGCCGAAAGCAGAGACACCCAUUGACGAGAAUGAGAUUCGGAUUACCAGUCAAGGCAGGAUGCGUAGUUAUAUCACUUAUGCCAUGACUCUGCUCCAGGAAAAGGGCUCGAAUGAAAUAGUGUUUAAGGCAAUGGGAAGAGCCAUCAACAAGACUGUUACUAUAGUGGAGUUAAUUAAGAGGAGAAUUGUUGGUCUACAUCAGAUUACGUCGAUUGGGUCCACGGACAUAACAGAUAUAUGGGAGCCUUUGGAGGAAGGACUUCUUCCAUUGGAGACCACAAGGCAUGUGUCAAUGAUCACUAUAACCCUUUCAAAAAAAGAAUUGAAUACUUCCUCUGUUGGGUAUCAGCCUCCAUUACCAGCUGAUCAGGUGAAGCCAUCCGCAGAAAUUGAUCAUGAAGGAGGUAAGGACACAUUUUGUUAUUUGCACUGUUUUUCUGUGAUGCCCAUAUUUCGUUUUAUAGAAUUCUUUUGUUUGGCAGAGGGCUCACCUAAUGGCCGUGGUAGAGGCCGUGGUGGUAGAGGAAGGCCAAGGAGUAGAGGGAAUGGUUUUGUCUCUGUGGAGUAUGAGGAUGGAGGCUGGGACCGCAAUCGUGGCUAUGCUAGGGGUAGAGGUCGAGGAAGAGGACGUGGUUUCCGAGGCCGUGGGCGUGGAGGAUACAACGGACCUCAGGUUGAUAGGCAGCAAGAUGUAGGCUACAAUUAUGAAGCCCCUCCUCAAGGUGGCCGUGGCCGUGGCCGUGGCAGGGGAUAUCGUGGAAGGGGCCGUGGGUUUAGAUCUAAUGGGCCGAUCCAGGCAGCUGCAUGAGGCGAUAGCGGUUCUUAAAACGUUAUGGAAAUGAUGGUGUCGGAUGCGUGUCCAGUUAUAUGUUUAUGAUUUUUUAUGUUGUCCUUAAUUUUUUUUCCCCUUUGAGGCUUUCCAUCAUUACUACCAGUUUAGCAUUUAGGAUGUGUUCAAAUUUUUUCUUCCUUGUUCAUUACUUGCAGUUUUAACUUUAGGAUGUGUUGAUGGACAGUCAUGGUAGAACUAGCAUAGUUGCAAUUUGUGCUUUUAGUGCAGCUGCCUCACAGCACAGGAGGCAGACACCCUUUUCUUCUUUUGUUUUUCCAGUAGACAAGGCUGAUAUGUUUGAACAAUUGUAACUUAUAUUUGUCAAGAAAUUUUUCUUCAUUAUUUGGCUAA